AUGGCUGAUAUCGAAUAUAAUGCCGAUGAGGCUGCUGAAAUUAAGAAGAAGAGAGCCUUCCGCAAGUUUUCUUAUCGGGGAAUCGACCUCGACCAACUCCUAGACCUCUCCUCCGAGCAGCUGCGAGAUGUCGUCCACGCCCGUGCCCGCCGCCGGUUCAACCGUGGCCUGAAGCGCAAGCCAAUGGGCCUGAUCAAGAAACUCCGCAGGGCCAAGCAAGAGGCCAAGCCCAACGAGAAGCCAGAUCUCGUCAAGACGCACCUCCGUGAUAUGAUCGUCGUCCCAGAGAUGAUUGGCAGCGUCAUCGGUAUCUACUCCGGGAAGGAAUUCAACCAGGUGGAAAUCAAGCCUGAGAUGGUUGGCCACUAUCUUGGUGAAUUCUCGAUCUCAUACAAACCUGUCAAGCACGGUAGACCCGGUAUUGGUGCUACCCACUCCUCGCGUUUCAUCCCCCUCAAAUAG